CGUGGAACAGUUCGCCAGUACGCGACGGCCGUCCGCUGCGCCUACCGGACGUCAUGUGCAGGUCCGGCUGGAGAGAGGCCGGCACCAAACCCAAACCCAGAUCCAAACCCUCUUGACUAGGUCGUUCUCGAACCUGCCGCCGCCGUGGAAGGCUUGUCCAAAUCCAGCGGGGUACGGCGAGCUUCGCUAGCUCCGGCCAGUGAGGGAUGGAAGAUGCUAGGCUCGAGUUCCUGCUUGAUGCCGUGGACAGGAUUUCGCUAUGUGAAGGGUUCGCGGACAGUUUAGAUGAUCCAGAUCCAGUCCCUCUGGCGGUGUUCCCACGAGUUGAUGUAGCCCCUACUGCUCAGGUGGACUCAAAUGACGGCUCAGGUUGCGGGCAAAGAUGUUGGGUGCGCAGUCGCAGGGGAGCCGCAGGCAAUCGAUCUGAUCAAUCAACGGACAGGCUGAACGCGAGGCUCCGGCUUGGGCAAAAAGUUACUAAACUACAAGACUAUGAAGAGCCAAGGGACGGAGGGAGUGGUGGCACAAGAAACGUUGAGGAAUAGUGACUACAACGAGCAAGGUGGAGGUGCAGCCAGCGAUGACGAGUCGACGACGACUGUCGCAUUCUCUAUGGUAAGGUCUCCAUCUUCUCUCCCUUUUUGUGUCAAUUUGAAUAAUACACAAGUGCAAACAAGUUCCACUCAAGAGAAGUAUAAACAAGACACAACCCUCUUAACAAUGCCUUGCUGCUGGAUGUACCUGAAGCCUUCUUGGCACUUGAUUCAGCAGAUUCUCGAUUUCUUGUCACUUAUUUUCUUAUUUCUUGUAUCACCGCACUCCCAGGUACAACCAAAGACGACGAACUGUUUGAUGGUUUUUUUUGUCUUUCUCAGCUGUUGUUAUAUCUUAAUUAGGAAUUCACUUUUCAUUUAGUGUUAAUCUGAAUACGAGAGUGGAUUGAACUAGGAGUAAUCUGCUGCUUCUUAAUGUUUGAUAAUUUGAUCGAGAUUCACCCUCUCUAAUCAUUAUUAGCUUGGUAUAUUCUUGAACCUCAACAAGUCAUGAAGAAUCCCAUACUUCUUCCCAGUUUAAUAUUGGCAAUUCACCCUUGUUGUUUACAUAUCGCUAAUCCGUUACCAAAUUACCAAAUUGUCUAAAUUUUCUUCCUCCAGUACAGUGUUUCCUUUUCGUUUCCAACUUUAUUAAAUCAUAGUAACUUUACUGAUUUGGAUGAGCUGAGGAUGAAAGAAGAGAUCAGUGCUGCCACAUGGUGCUUCCCGUUCGAGCAAUUGGGGUGUGUAGAAAUGCUUUAUGACUUGCAUUCUAGCCGAUGAAGUUGUUAUGCUUGUAUUGUCACAUUAAUUAGGCCACAUUUUUGUCCUGUCAGAUAUCAGUGUAUUUUUAUUUGUGUUUGCAAUUAUUUUACUCUUUUAUCUCAAUUUCUAUUUGGUCUAUAUGGACCACGGACAAUCAAUUUGGAUGCCUAUACCCCAGUCUAGAUUAUAUAUAUUUAUAUAUGU